AUUUGUUUACCGGCCAACUACAUAGCAACCACAGUCCCCUCCACCGCACAACCCGGCGCAACUGCCUUCACCUCAGAACACGAUGUCGCGCGGAGGCACGCGGGAGUCGCUGACGCCCAUGGACUUUGAAUACGACAACAAAUACGGCCCUGUCGACGCCGCCUCGCCGUUCCUGGCGCAUGUCGGCGCGAGGAAACGUGGGCUUGAUCCCGCAGGCCCCAACCCGUUCCUAGCACGGGGGACGCCCCAGCGGAACAGAGGGCAGCCGCACCCUGAGUCGCCCACCAAGCACGGCUUCGACUCGCCGUCCAAGAACGCCUUCGCGACCCCGAGCCGCGCGCGCGAGCCCUUCAACUUCACCCCGGGCAGCAGCCGGCCCAUCCCGUCGAUACCACACCACGUCAACAACACGUGGACGCCGCGCACGCCCGCCGCCGACUUCGACUUCAGCUCCGGCGGCGAGACGCCGACCACGCCCGCGCUCGACAGCGAGCAGCCCACGCCCGACACACAAAUGGCCGGCCAGAUGCGGCUGCUGAUGGACAGCCCGAGCCCGAAGAAGCCCGGGCGGCGGCAGAGCUUCUUCCGCGCCAUCAAGAACUUCGCGGGCAGCCCGAGCCCCGCCAAAGAAGCCGCGCGCGACCGCAGCGCCAUCCGCGACCUCGAGAAGGAGGUCUCGCGCAAGCACUACGCCGACAAGCUCGAGAACCGCGUCGUCAAGCGCCGCUCGCGCGACCGCCCGGACCGCACCCGCAGGAAACACUCCCUGCGCGCCGACGACCCCGACGCCUCAGACCCGGACCCCGACCCGCCGCGCGCCCCCGCGAGCCGCGAGCAGCCCGCCACCGCCAGCAUCGCCGCCUUCUUCCACUGGAUCGAAGCGCACCCCAGCCUGCCGUCCGUGCUAUCGUACUACCUGCAGUUCAGCAUCAACGCGGUCCUGGCGCUCGCGUUCCUGUACAGCGUGUACCUGAUCUACGACAGCGUGACGGCGGACAUUACGAUCGAGGCGCACAGGCACCAGGCGGCGCUGAUGGUGGAGAUUGCGCAGUGCGUCAAGAAUUAUCGCGAGAACCACUGCGAGCCUGAGUCCCGCACGCACUACAUGGAGGCGCCGUGUGCGAACUGGGAGACGUGUAUGAGUCGCGAUCCGCAGAAGCUGGCGCGCGCGAGUGUGUCGGUCAAGGCGUUUGCGCAUAUUAUUAAUGGGUUUUUUGAGGAGUUUAGUUAUAAGUCGAUGAUCUUCCUAACAGCCCUCCUCUUCACCGGCCUCACCCUCUCCAACUACGCCCUCGCCCUCCUGCGCCACUCCACCGCUUCCCCCCCGCCACCGCCGCCGCCGCACUACGACUACCCGCCUGUGACGCCGCGGCACGCGCCGCAGACGCCGGGGGGGCAGAUGUAUAUCGAGGGUGCGGCGUGGGGUGGGUUUGGCGGGAUAGAGGGUAGAGGGAUAGAGAGCAGGGGCUUGGAGGGCAGGAGUUUAGAAGGUAGAGGGACUGAAGGAGAAGUUAGGGGCUUCAUCCAGCCCCCGCCGCUGGUGCAUUCGCAGAGCACGCCUGCGCUGGGCGGGGGGUAGUGUCGGGAGUGGUGUCGGGAGUGGGCGCGAGGAGGCGCGGACGCCUGGGCGGAGGAGGGGGAGGUAGUGCGACUGUGUUCUGUGGCCUAUGGCCGGGGUGGGUUUCGCGUUCGCGUUGGCGUUUGCGGUCGUGGUCCUGGUUUCGGUCUGGGGCUGGGCUGGUAUUCUGAAUUGCAUUGAAUUGCAUUGAAGUGAAGUGAACUGAACUGAACUGAACUGAACUGAACUGAACUG